CAAAGUUUUGUGCAUUUCCCGGACGCAGGAGCAGCAACCGUAGACCCGCGGGAGCAGAAGAUGAGGUACCCAUGGCGUUUGCUUCUCUUGCGGAGCUGCCCUCGCUCACGACUCCCGAUCCUUACCCAGUCCCAGGUACUCUCCGAUUCUGUGAGCUCUUUCUCAUCGCUUCUCCAUACACAGUCCUUUCACAAUGCUUCUUCUCAAUCGUAUUUGUCAAACCCCCAAAAUCGUAAGCUAGCCACGAACAGUUUACUGUUCAUGAACCAUAAAAACCUUAGCUUUCGUAAUUUCUCAUCUGAGCCAGCAGUAGAGCAAAAGGACCCAGAUCAUGCGUUAGAAGCUGUAAUUGAUAUUUUCAAUAAAUAUAGAGAUGGGAAUGAUAUUGCGAAAGAAUUGGAGGUGAAUGCUGUUGUCAUAAGUCAUGAUUUGGUGCUGAAGGUAUUGAGGAAUCUUGAGUCUAAUCCUGAUGUGGCAAGAAGGUUCUUUGAUUGGGUUCUGGAGAGUGAUGGAGAGAGAUUGAGUUCAAAGUCAUAUAAUUUGAUGCUUGGUAUUUUGGGGGUUAAUGGGCUUGUGGAGGAGUUUUGGGUUUUGGUUGAUGCAAUGAAGAAGAAAGGGUAUGGAGUAUCAGGCCGUGUUCGCGAUAAAGUUGCUGAAAUUUUUGAGAAAGAAGGAUUGGACAGUGAUUUGGAGAAGUUGAAGGGAGUGUUUGCAUCAGGGUCUUUGCAUAAUUUAGCAGAGAAGGUUUGCUCUACGGUGGGUAAGAUUGUUAGGAGUGAGGUGUGGGGGGACAAUGUUGAAGGCAGGCUACGUGAUUUGAAUGUUGCAUUUUCAAGUGAUCAGGUGAAAAUGAUACUAGAAAAUCUCGGUGCGCAACCUACAAAAGCACUAAUAUUUUUCAGGUGGGUUGAGGAGAGUGGUUUGGUGAAACAUGAUGAAGGGACUUAUAAUGCUAUGGCAAGGGUUUUAGGGAGAGAAGAUUGCAUUGAUAGGUUUUGGAAAGUUGUUGAUGAGAUGAGGAGUAAGGGAUAUGAAAUGGAAAUGGAGACGUAUGUUAAGGUUUUAGUGUGCUUUUCCAAAAGGAAGAUGAUUAAAGAUGCUGUAGACUUGUAUGAGUACGCAAUGAAUGGUGCAAAUAGACCUUCUGUGCAUUGUUGUACCUUUCUGCUGAGAAAAAUAGCAGUGGCUAAACAAUUAGAUAUGGAACUGUUUUCAAGGGUUUUGCGGAUUUUUACUGAAGGUGGGAAUGUCUUGACAGAUAGUAUGCUUGAUGCAGUUCUCAAAUCUUUAACAAGUGUUGGUAGACUUGGAGAUUGCAACAGAGUUUUACAAGCAAUGGAGGAAGCUGGACUUGUAGCUGGUGGUAAUAUGCAGAGAAAGAUUGCCUUCAGGCUUACUCACACGGGUAAAAAGGAAGAAGCAACUGAGUUUAUGUAUCAUAUUGAAGCAUCAAAUGGUAAUUUAGAUCACAGGGCAUGGGCAUCUUUAAUUGAAGGGCAUUGUCUUGCUGGAGAUCUUGAAAAAGCCUUUGAUUGUUUCCAAAGGAUGGUUGGGAGCAAAGGUGUCUCUCAUGCUGGUUAUCCCUUGGAAUUGUUAAUAAGUGCUUAUUGUGAUAGGAACAGAGCAGUAGAUGCAUGGAAGCUUCUUCGAAAUUAUGUUAAGGAGAAUCAGCUAAAGCCAUGGCAUACUACUUACAAAGUUCUGAUAAGGAAGUUAAUGGUUCAAGGUGGAUUUAAAGAUGCUCUGGGCAUUUUGGGCUUGAUGAAAGCAGAUGGGUUCCCACCUUUUGUGGAUCCAUUCAUCCAGUAUGUAUCAAAAUCUGGAAGUAAUGAAGAUGCCAUGGCUUUUCUCAAGGCCAUGACUUCUAAGAGGUUUCCAUCUACUUCAGUUGUUCUCCGUGUUUUUGAAGCAUUUUUUGAAGCUGCAAGGCAAGAUGAAGCACAAAAUUUGCUGUCUAAAUGCCCACAUUACAUUCGCAACCAUGCAGAUGUUUUGAAUCUUUUCUGCUCCAUGAAAUCAGGUGAAAGUGAAAAUGUUGCUCCAGUGGUUGCUUAGGCUCAUUGGAUUGUAUUAGGUGUUGUACUCUGGUGAGGUUAAUUUAAUGUGGAAGUUUUUCAAAAGUUUUGGCAUGGUAUUCACUCAGUUAACUUAAGGCAGUUUCAUCUUUCAUCAAUGUCAGUUGUCAAAUAAAUUUUAUGGAUUUAA